UUAGAGAAGGUUGUUCAUACCCAUGUUGAGCGCGUGCAUUCACGCGUCUACCGUAUUUCCCUCCUUUAUUAGUCAAUGUGUGAGCCCGAAGCUCGACCUCUCUUGCUCUUCAAUGGCCGCGUCGUCCUCUAUUCGAAUCGUCGUCGUCGGUGAUGUGCAUGAUUACUGGAACUUUGAACAAGAUUCCAAAGCGCUUGAGUUCUUGCAGCCAGAUUUGGUGCUGUUUACAGGUGAUUUUGGUGAUGAAAAUGUUGAAGUCGUUCAGAGUGUUGCAAAUGUUGAAUUUUCUAAAGCAGUUAUAUUGGGAAACCACGAUGCCUGGUUCACUAAACAGUUUUCUAAAAGCCAGGAGAAGGAUAAAGUUCAGCUUCAGCUAGAAUGCCUUGGUGAGGAGCAUGUGGCUUAUCGACGAUCAGACUUCCCUCUAAUAAAAGUAAGCGUUGUUGGUGGACGGCCAUUUUCUUGUGGGGGUAAACCAUUGUCGCAGAAAAAGCUUCUUUCUGCAAGAUAUGGAAUUAAAGACAUGGAUGAGAGUGCUAAGAGAAUCCAGAAAGCUGCUCGUGGUACACCGGAUGAUCAUUUUCUUAUAUUACUUGCACAUAACGGGCCCUCAGGCCUUGGUUCUGAUUUGAAUGAUAUAUGUGGAAAGGACUGGGAAUUUGGGGGUAAUGGUGAUUAUGGUGAUCCAGAUCUAGCACACGCCAUAUCCUUGCUAAAAGAGAAUGAUCAAGUAUCAAUUCCCUUGGUUGUAUUUGGUCACAUGCACAAAGAGCUGGCAUAUGGCAAUGGCUUUAGGAAAAUGAUUGUGGUUGGCCCUGAUAACACCAUAUACUUAAAUGGGGCAAUUGUUCCUAGGGUCAAAAGGUUGAAUGAUGAAGACAAGAGAAGCUUAGACGAGGAAAGUGCUCUUUCCUCAUCAGAGGCAAAAGGUACCAGAAGAGCCUUUACUUUAGUUGAGAUUUCAGAAGGGAGAGUUGCUAAGAUUGCAGAAAGUUGGGUCUCAGUCGUUGAAGAUAGGACCACAUUAGAAGAAGAGCACAUACUAUAUGAGGUCAGCUAGGAUCCUCAUCCUCCACAUUUAGGCUCCUGCCUCUGUCACACCCAUUUUAAUGCGUAGAUGAAUAAAGCCAAGGGUGAAAUAUACAUCGAAGCUGAUUCCUUAUCCCGAUGAAUAGUAUUUAAUUUCAUUGUUAAUAACUACUAUAUAGACUACACAAAUGGCAUAUGCUCUUAUACUCAUUCCUUAUCUAGCUGGUGUGAUUUAUUGCUUGUACCGCACCUCUAUUUCAUGUGGCAAGUCAAAUGUGAAGGGCUCGUGUCAAAUUA